GCAAACACUACCUAGAAUUGUUCUUUAGUACUUCACGAAAGUGUGAUGUGUUUGGUUUUUGUGUGUGACAAGGAGGAAAAGGUGUUGGGGAAGCAUGUGGCUCCAGGGGUAUGCCCUUAUUGUGGAGGGAUGGUUCAGGCCAUUGAUGUAGAGAGUCAGUGGAGGUUUUGUUUUCUACCCUUAUGUUUUAAGACCAAAACUAAAUACUACUGUACCAUCUGCACAAGGAGAUUAGAGGUCUUCUAAUAACUCCUAUUUGUAAACACUUAUGUAAUAUAAUUACAUACAACAAAGAAAUCAAUUUUCUUACUUCUUUUUUU